CAGAGUACGCGCACACGCACUGACUUCGCGAAUUCAUUUGUUCGUUAAACGAGUUUUAGUGCUAGGUGUGUUUAAAUAAGUAUUUAUAAAUAAUAUUUACAUUAUAUAAAUUGAAGCGAUGGGCUAGGUAUUCCAUAAAUAAAUAAUAACAAGUUUUAAUAUAAUUUAGUUGAGGUUUAACAUGGUUGUAAUUUUCCUUUAACAGCGAAAUGAAUUUGAAAUUAAACAACGAGGAGGAGCGGCGGCGCACCGGUCGCUACAUAGCGAUUCUGGUAGGCAUAUGCCUUCUCAUGCUGGCUAUAUACCACGCGUGGGUCCGUCGCAUUCCAGUCGUCGCCAGUCUGGUGGUACCAGCCCUCAUCAUGUUCGUGUACGUUGGAUGGGUCCUAUACACUGCAUCGAGGGAUAAAAAACGGUUAUUGCUGUUGGAUGCAGAAGCGGCGUUGAAUGCAGCGUCUUUAGAACAUACAGAGGACCAGCGUUCCGACGGCGUGUCACACAAUAGCGUAGAAAUAUCCGUUAUAUCGAACAAAGAUAAUUCCAAAGUAAAUUCUCCUCAAGAAACUCACACUUGGGCAGAAGUGUGUACAACGUUAUUAAAGGAGGACAACGAAACAAAAGAAAACAAACGCCCAGUAUUUAUUAAACCAAUAAUUCUAGUUAAUGACAAACCAGCGGAGGAUCUAGACGAAAAAUGGACGCACGUUUUAGAGACUGUCUAUGGAGAUAAUUUGAAAAAUUAUCAACGAAGAAGAAAAUUUAAACGGAAAUAUUGUCGAAGCAGGCGGUAUGCCGCUUUCAAAAGAUCAUAUUCAAUAGGUUGAUAAUGUGAUCAUGCUAUAGUUCCUGAAAUCCAUCAUGAUAUGCGCAGAGAAGUAUGAACCAUUAAAAACGUUGCUUGAAUUUAAUUUAAUUCUAACGAGAGGAAUUGUGAACUUAAUCAGAUUCUGUUUUAUUUAAGAAAUGUUUCAUCGGUGUAAAAACAAAGUCUCACCAAGCCUUGAAAAAGUAUCUUGAAA